GCAGAAUAAACUUGAGGAAGCCCUGCUAUUUUCUGGACAGUUCACGGACGCCUUGCAGGCUCUCAUCGACUGGCUGUACAAAGUGGAGCCCCAGCUCGCGGAGGACCAGCCGGUUCAUGGAGAUAUUGACCUUGUCUUAAAUUUAAUAGAUAAUCACAAGGCCUUUCAAAAGGAGUUGGGGAAACGGACAAGCAGCGUCCAGGCUUUGAAACGUUCAGCAAGAGAGCUGAUUGAAAGCAGCCAUGAUGACUCGUCUUGGGUCAAAGCUCAAAUGCAAGAGCUGAGUACCCGCUGGGAGACGGUCUGUGCGCGCUCUGUGUCCAAGCAAACCCGCCUGGAGCAGGCCCUCUGUCAGGCGGAGGAGUUCCAUUCCACGGUUCACAUUCUCCUGGAGUGGCUCGCUGAGGCUGAACAGAGCCUGCGUUUCCAUGGCGCCCUCCCGGAUGAUGAAGAAGCUCUGCGUGUGCUCAUCGAUCAACACAAGGAAUUUAUGAGGAAACUCGAAGAAAAGAGAGUAGCAUUGAGCAAAGCAACAGGUAUGGGGGAAGCGAUCUUGACCAUCUGCCACCCAGAUUCGAUCACCACCAUUAAACACUGGAACACCAUCAUCAAAGCCAGAUUCGAGGAGGUACUUGCUUGGGCAAAGCAACACCAUCAAAGACUGAGCAGUGCCCUCAAUGAGCUCCUCGCCAAUCAGGAGCUGAUGGAGACUUUGCUGCGAUGGCUGCAGUGGGCAGAGACAACUCUCAAUGAAAAGGAUAAAGAGACCAUCCCUCAGGAAAUCGAUGAAGUGAAGAACCUGAUUGCAGAACAUCAGACCUUUAUGGAAGAAAUGACAAGGAAGCAACCCGAUGUUGACAAAGUAACCAAGACGUACAAAAGGAAGCCUGCCACCGAGUCGUCCUCCCAUUCGCAUAUUCCUGUCCUGGAUAAAGGAAGAGGUGGAAGAAAGCGUUCCCCUACCCAAGGUUUAUAUCCAUCAGCCGCUCCCGCUCCCAUCGAGACGAAGAACCCCCGAGUGAAUCACCUUGUUAGCAAAUGGCAGCAGGUCUGGCUUCUGGCACUGGACAGACGGAGAAAGUUGAAUGACGCCCUGGAUCGACUGGAGGAGCUGAGGGAGUUUGCCAACUUUGACUUUGACAUUUGGAGAAAGCGAUACAUGAGAUGGAUGAACCACAAAAAGUCGAGGGUGAUGGACUUCUUCAGGCGCAUUGAUAAAGACCAGGAUGGAAAAAUAACCAGACAAGAGUUUAUUGAUGGAAUUCUUUCUUCAAAGUUCCCCACGAGUCGUUUGGAAAUGAGCGCGGUGGCUGACAUCUUUGAUCGAGAUGGCGAUGGUUACAUCGAUUACUACGAGUUUGUAGCGGCUCUCCAUCCCAACAAAGAUGCCUAUAAGCCUCUUACUGACGCAGACAAAAUAGAGGACGAGGUCACUCGACAAGUCGCUAAGUGUAAGUGUCCAAAACGGUUCCAGGUGGAGCAGAUUGGUGCCAACAAAUACCGGUUCUUCCUUGGAAACCAGUUUGGUCUUGUACACUGCUUACAUGAACCAUUAAUCGUGGAUGAGACAGUAACAAACAGAGACAAUCAAAAUGUAACCCCACAACUACAAGUUGCUGUAUUGGAAAGCUGUAUACUGUUUGGAGAUUCACAACAGCUGCGUCUCGUCCGGAUUCUGCGGAGUACAGUCAUGGUUCGUGUUGGAGGUGGUUGGAUGGCGCUUGAUGAAUUUUUAGUGAAGAAUGACCCGUGCAGAGUUCAUCAUCAUGGGAGUAAAAUGUUACGUUCGGAAUCAAACUCUUCAAUUACUCAGUCUCCUAUAGCUAAAGGGAGAACAAAUAUGGAACUUCGAGAAAAGUUCAUUCUACCGGAGGGUAUAUCACAGGCGAUGGGUAGCUUCCGCUACCGAGGUCGCCGAUCACGGCCGUCUUCCAGAGCUGCCUCUCCGAAUCGAUCAAACUCCAGUCACAGCUGUGCUUCCGUCCAACCUCAACCCACUGCCACCAGUACCCCCAAGACUCCCCAACACAUAACCCGCAAUUAUGAUAAACCAUGGCUGACAAACAGCAAAACCUCCACGCCUGUUAAGUCAGCAGAAUCCUUUGAAAGUCAAGUGUCGUCUGCAGAGGUACAGUAAAAACCGACUAACUGC